AUGGAAUUGGAUUUUAAUGGUGACGUGGCUUGCCUCGAUGCCGACUUGUUGCAGCUGCCGGAGGUGUCUCCUCUGUCGAUCAAAGCUAACCCUUACGUUGCCGAGAAGCUUUUCGACCAAUGGCUUUCACUUCCUGACACCACUUCAUUGGUGAGAUCUCUGCUGAAUAAUGCCAAGGGAGGUGGUCCUCUGAAUGUCUCUGGGACAUCUUCCAACACAAAUGCUGCUUCCAGCAACACAUUACCUUCCAUGUUUCCUGCUGGUAGCACGCCUCCACUUUCGCCAAGAAGUUCAUCUGGUUCACCUCGAAUGACGAAACAUAGAACAGGUCCCUCUGUUCUGGGAUCUCCCCUUAAAUUAGUGAAUGAACCAGUUAAAGAACUGAUACCUCAGUUCUAUUUUCAAAAUGGCCGUCCGCCUCCAAAUGAAAUUAAAGAGAGGUGCUUGUUUAGGAUAAAUCAGUUCUUUUAUGGUCGCAUGGAUGGACUGCAAAUGCAUGAAUUUAAGCCUGUGACGAAGGAGAUUUGCAAGCUUCCUUCAUUCUUCUCCACUGCUCUUUUCAGAAAGAUAGAUGUAGAUGGUACAGGCGUCGUGACCCGGGAUGCUUUUGUUGAGUACUGGAUCAAUGGUAACAUGUUGACCAAAGAUAUUGCUACACAAAUAUUCAUAAUAUUGAAGCAGACCGAUCUCCGAUAUCUUAGUCAGGAUGACUUCAAGCCUGUACUUCGAGAACUUUUGGCUACUCAUCCAGGGUUAGAGUUCUUGCAGAGCACGCCUGAAUUCCAAGAGAGAUAUGCUGAAACUGUAAUAUACAGAAUAUUCUACUACGUGAAUAGAGCUGGUAAUGGCCGUCUUACCCUUCGGGAAUUAAAGCGUUCGAACUUGAUUGCUGCAAUGCAACAUGCAGAUGAAGAAGAGGAUAUUAAUAAGGUUUUAAGGUAUUUCUCGUAUGAGCACUUUUACGUGAUAUACUGCAAGUUCUGGGAGCUGGACUCGGAUCAUGAUUUCUUAAUUGAUAAAGAGAACCUUAUCAGAUAUGGUAACCAUGCACUUACCUACAGAAUUGUCGAUAGGAUAUUUUCUCAGGUUCCAAGAAAGUUUACUAGUAAGGUUGAAGGGAAGAUGGGAUAUGAAGACUUUGUAUAUUUCAUAUUGUCAGAGGAGGAUAAGUCAUCAGAACCUAGUCUUGAGUAUUGGUUCAAAUGCAUAGAUUUGGAUGGCAAUGGGGUCCUGACGAGGAAUGAACUGCAAUUCUUCUAUGAGGAGCAAUUGCAUAGAAUGGAAUGUAUGGCUCAGGAGCCUGUGCUUUUCGAAGAUAUUUUAUGUCAGAUUGUUGACAUGAUUAGUCCAGAGAAUGAAAGCUACUUUACUUUACGUGAUCUGAAAGGAAGCAGGCUCUCAGGCAGUGUGUUUAAUAUCCUUUUCAACCUCAACAAGUUCAUGGCAUUUGAAACUCGUGAUCCUUUUCUAAUCCGUCAGGAACGCGAGAACCCAACAUUGACAGAAUGGGAUCGUUUUGCGCAUAGAGAGUAUAUCAGACUCUCAAUGGAGGAAGAUGCAGAAGAUGCCUCCAACGGAAGUGCAGAUGUUUGGGAUGAAUCACUUGAGGCUCCGUUUUGAGUUUCAGUAGGUGAGACAUAUUAUGACAUUUUAACCGAUAAAAUGGCAUGGACAAACUAUUGCACACAUUUCAUGCAACAGUUAAUUAAAGAAAAUGAACAAAAGUAGCUGUUGUUGGUGCUAGGGCAGGAGUAAGGGAACGGGUUUGUACAUGCUGUUUGGAUGAUCACCUACCCACGUGUCUAUUCAGUUCCUUUUGAAUUCCAAGUGUACGGACUGAUUAAGGGUUCCAUUACCAGUUCCAUGAAAUAUUUGGCACUAAUGAAUCGCCUACUAUAGUGUCUAAGUUCAGUAGGUCGAGACUAAAAAAGUUCAUCAAAUUGUAUUGUUCUUUUCUUAGUAGUCCAUUUGGUCAUUGCAUGUAAGAGCCUUACUGGAUAGAGUAGCAUAGUUGUCACUGCUGGUAAUAUGUUUGAUUGAUCAUUUUUCUAUUAGCACAUUCAGAUGUGGGACUAGUAUGCAGUAGAUUACAUGAUCUUUUUGUUCCUUCAUAUCAGGUGUUGUAAGUGAAAUCUUUUACUUUCAAGCUUGGUUCCAGCUGAGGCUGUUUAGUAUGUGAGAAAAUCACAAGAGAAACCUG